AACCAACCCAAAAACCAAGGCUGACUAACCUCACUCCCGCCCAAAAAGACUUGUUAUACGAUCGCUUGCAACUCAUAAAACCCUAAUACAUCAAUUUGAUUCUCUUCUUUUUCGACUCGAAUAACAAUUAACCUACUCAAGAAAAUCCGAAUACAUGCAGGUAAAAAUUCCGGUGGUAUGGGUAAUUUUGUUAGUUUGAAGAUACUGGCCUUGUUUGGUUUGUAUUUCAGAAACAAUUUUUGAGAGAAAAAAGUACCAAAACACGUUUGGCAAACAAAUUUUUGAAAUAUUCUCUAAAGACUCAUCUCAGAGAAAUUCCUUUCUCUCUCUUAAAACUUCUCUGAAGACGCAUCUUCUGUCAUAACUUCUCUCUCUCAAAAGAACCUUUGUGACCUCAUCUCUGUGACACAAAGAAAAUCAUUCAAGGCAGUCCAACGGCUCUCUAUCGGCUGUGUAAACGAAGACGAUUCAUACCUGUAUGCCAAGAUCUGCACUCGCCCAAGUGCCUUCGAAGAGACCCACUUGCCUUCCCUCCAUCAAUACGCUGUUCAAGAUUUGAGAAAUCUUCCGCAUUAGAUGCACCGACACUAUCUAUCACCUCCUUCAUCUCUGUGUCGCAUAGGCUUGAGGCAAUAGGGGGCAUCUGCUCGUACGGGUCCUCUUUGAACAGCCACAACUUCUCUGCCUCACAGAUUUCCCCAAAUCGUGCCCUAGCUUUGGUCUUAGUCAAAAUGAAUUAAAUCUUCACACAAUCGGGACUUGUAACAUCAAUGUCCAUCAUUUUUCGAUUCUUGGCUCUAUAAAAUGCAAACCAACCAGCUUCGAACCCUACCUAGACAAAGUAUAACUUCAUCAUUCGCUGCAAAAACGGAGAGGCCGUGCUCAAAACUUCGUUGUGGACGGUGGGAUUUGAGGGCCACCAAAAGCAGGCAAACAAGAGAUGUCGUCGUCACGACCCAAUGGAGGGCAACCGAACAAUAUGUAUGACCCGUACAGUGUCGAUGACGAUGAUGUGAUGGACUUAUACAUGGUUUGUCAACUAAGACGUGACAUUCCUACGAGACAACCGCAACGUAAUUGUCCAUACACCGGAACAAGUAAUGCUGGAGAUCGAUUUCAGCACUCAAAUGAGACAAUUCAUCGUCAUUUUGUACUUAUGAUGCGGGCAUUGGGAAAUCUUGCGCCAUUUGUAAUCCAACCACCGAACAUGGCUGUUACCCAUCCUAAAAUUCGGAAUGACAGACGGUACUGGCCAUGGUUUAAGCUUUUGGAUUUGGGACGGGUGGUGAUGCAUUUGGUGCUGGGGCUCCAAACAUAUUGGAACCAACAUGAACAUCUGUUUUUGGUGUAUCAAAAGAUUCUUCAUUUGGAGCUUCAAGGAGGCCCACCUUUGGUACAUCAAGCACCACAGGAUUUGGUUUUGGUACCACUCUAACAUUUGGGCAAUCAACUUCAGCUUCUGGUAGCAGCAGCUCUUUUGGAACUACUCUGUCUUCUUUUGGGGAUUAGAAUUCCUUCUUAGGAUCCCAGUCCACGACACCAACAUUUGGAACUACAGGCUUUGGACAGUCAGUUUUUUGUAAUUAACAUGGACGAAGUAGAGUAGCAGUUUACACUGCUACUGCUGAAGUAGAUGACGGAAGUAGUCCUGCUAAACUGGAGUCCAUUGCUGCCAUGACCAUUAACAAAGACAAAAGCCAUGAAGAAUUGAGGUGGGAGAGCGUUUGGAAAUUACUAGUGUUGGUGAUCCAUCUGGAAGGGGACGAGGUUUUAGCUAUGUUCGCACUGCUUGAAGGCUCCAAUAUCAAAUCCAAUGGUGAAGAAAAAGCAAGCUGUUAGUCGGGGAGGUUCAACUGUAACUGGAACAGAUGCUGAAUCUGUGUGUUCUGAAUCUGUUCUAAAUCUCUGUGUUCUGUAUUUUAAAUUUAGAUGCUGAAUGGUGAAUCUGUAUUUUAAAUUUAGAUGCUGUAACUGGAACAGAUGCUGAAUCUGUGUGUUCUGAAUCUGCAAGUGGAACAGAUGCUGAAUGGUGAAGAAAAACCAAAGGCCUUAAUAUUUUAUAUGUUCUGAAUCUGUGUGUUCUGUAUUUUAAAUU